UCCUGCCCUCUGAGGUUUGUUCCCCUCCUCGUUCCUCUGGAGCAGCAGUCCUGGUUGCUCCUCUCCUCACUAUGAUCGGCUGCAGCAAACUCACCCACGCUGAUGAACAGAUACAAGCUGUCAUGACACCAAAAGUGCUGCACAGUCAGAAUGGUGGCCCCACCUGUCCUCCAGCGGGAAAACGGAUCAUCCACUGUUUCAGAUGUGGGGAACCAUGCAAAGGAGAAGUACUGCGUGUCAAGACCAACCACUUCCACAGAAAGUGUUUCACUUGUAUAGUGUGUGGCUGUGACUUGGUGCAGACCAGCUUCUUCAUGAAGAAUAGUGACUGCUUGUGUCCACUGGACUUCCACAGGCUCCACGGCACGCUCUGCACCAAAUGUGGGGACUACGUGCACGGGGAGGCGACCACAGUCUUAGGAAAGACCUACCACCCGGCCUGCUUUGUGUGCACCGUAUGCAACCAACGUUUUUCUGCAGGUGAACGUGUCACCUUCAGUGGGAAAAACUGUCUGUGUCAGACCUGUGUCCAUCCCUGGUCUCCUACUUCAAAUAUUGGCUAUUCCAAAAACUGCAACGGCUGUGGCAGAGACAUAAAGAAUGGCCAGGCUCUGCUGGCUCUGGGUGGUCAGUGGCACCUCGGAUGCUUCCAGUGCAAAACAUGCAGAAAAGUGCUGAGUGGAGAAUACAUCAGCAAGGAUGGUUUUCCAUACUGUGAGAAGGAUUACCAGAGUCAGUUUGGGGUCCAAUGUGAAGUGUGUCAGAAGUUUAUCAUGGGCAAAGUCCUAGAGGCAGGGAAAAGAAAUUAUCACCCAACCUGUGCAAGAUGCAGCCAGUGUGACAAAAUGUUCACAGAAGGAGAAGAAAUGUUUCUGCAAGGAUCUGAAAUGUGGCAUCCGGACUGCAGAGAAAACAGAAAUGAUGAGAGUUACAGGAUUCCUUCAGGCAUCAGAUCAAAAACAUCCACUCUUGAUUUCUUUUUCCCCCCCAGUGAGCUAAAGGUUGAAACUCCCAACAGAUCUGCAUCUGGAAGCCCCUGUUCCAGACCAGGCUCAAGUAUUAGGGGUAGCCCUGGAAGGACACUCUGCGCAAAAGUAGAUAAUGAGAUCAUUGAUUACCGAGAUUUAGCAGCCAUUCCCAGAGUCAAGGCCAUAUAUGAUAUAGAACAUCCUGAUAAGAUAUCCUAUAACAACAAGUCAUCCACUCUGGCCAACAAGGGAAACAUACAAGGCAGGCAAACCCCUGAAGAGUCCCCACAGACUGUAUCUCAGACCACCCAGUCUUGUGAUAUGAAACAACACAUACCUGAAUCGAAAAGCCACGGAUCCUUCGGAUUUCAUGGGAUGCAUAAUCGUCAUAGCUACACACCGCCUGUGUCGAAAUCACCACAACACUUCCACCGGCCAGGGAUGACACUUUCAGACUCCUUACAUUCUGGCAGCAAUGACAACUGUCCCUCCCCUUCUUUGUGUCACACCUUUGUCCCUCACACUGAAGAAGAAGGCUUCAACAUGUACAGGAAACCUCCAAUUUACAAACAGCAUGACGUGAGUCCCACCACCACCCAAACAGCUUCUUUGCCGAGAUACGGUUACAACAGCCUUAAUCUGCCGCAGCAAACUGAAAUCCCCCAGUACAACAGCAACAGAGCCGGCGAUGUGAUGCUCAUCCCUGAUGGUCUGCGUCCACUGUCACAAAUGGACAGAGGAGUGUCUAUGCCUAAUUUGUCCGAACAAAAAGUUUACCCGUACGAAAUGCUCACAGUUGCCAACAGAGGACGUGUGAAGCUUCCAAAGGAUGUUGACAGAACAAGACUGGAGCGUUACCUGUCACCGCAUUCAUUCUUUAACAUCUUUGACAUGACCAUAGAGGAGUUCGACACACUUCCACUUUGGAAAUGCAACGAUAUGAAGAAGAAGGCUAACCUAUUCUAAAAGCUCGCAAAAGUGUGUUUUAAUCUAACACCCAGGGACUGUUUUAACACUUAUUUGUCUUCAACUGUAGCAUGUAACGUAGCGUCAAUGGCUGACUUUCCAGAAUAUUCCACACAUAGUGAUUGAGACAACUGCUUCAGAAUGAUUCACACUCGAAAACAAAGUUAACGAUUCAUUUCAAACGAUGGUUGACUGUUGUGAAUUGCUCUAACAGAUAAACAAAGCAGUUGCUUCUGAAAAGCAUUUCCUGUUUUAAAAGGCUUGAAACAUUAAAUAAAACAGUUGCUACAGAAAACGAUCCACUGGUUUGAAACACUUGAAUAUUUAUUUGUACAGAAAAUUAUUCACUAUUUGAAAAUGUGUGAAACACUCAUGAAAAAAAGUGUAAAAAUGCGUAAAAAUAGAUUUUGGUGAUACAGAAAGGUUGCAAUGCUGCGAUGGAACCAUCAAGUCAACAAAUACCCCCCCACCCACCCCUUCCCAAAUUUCUGGCUUCAUCCCUUGUACAUAAAUAAUGUAGUUACAUCACCUUGACAUUAGUGUUGCAACUUACCACCCUGAGCCCUCAAUUAAUUACAGUUUGUGCAAA